GGGCGAUAGAGGGAAAUAUCCCUUUAAUUGAUCAUUUUGCAAAUCUUAACUCCUCUUUCAUUUAUUUCUGCUUAAUAAGUAAGAUUUGAUGAUAGAUUUAUUCCAUGAAGUAGCCAUAACCUUCCAGAAUCUUAUUAGAAUCGAAUGAUACUGGGAGAUAUUCGAUAGUUUCUCUUGGAAAAUCCGGAAGUUCCACACGUUCGGUCUGCUAUGUUAAUUAUUUUUGUAGUUUUCUAUUUUCCUGGUAUUGGAUUGUCACACUGUGCAUAGACUGGCUUCAUUUGGUCGCUUUGCAUCCAAUCGAUCAUCAAAAUCAAUAUGCAUGUUACUCAUGUUUGAUUAGACUGUAAUGCAAUAUUGCUUAAACGUAUCUGAAUUAUGCUCACCUUGUGAUCUGUGCAUAUGGUAUAUUGAUACAUUGGUAAAUCACGAGAUUGACGAGUGACUUAACUCACGUGAUGUGCAAGACUGAAAGAUUAGUAGGUGAUAUUAACGAUUUCCUGCACUGGUCUUUGUUCCACUCGAGGUUAAUAUCAGAAUGUAUGAGAUAAUUAUUUCAUAAACCUCAGGAAAUUAAUUGGGAAGUAAGGCAAAUUUUAGUAGGUUAAUUGUGAUUUAUUUCAUUGAAUUGUGAUCAUAUUCUUAGUGGAAGAGAAAAACCAACUCAGAUUUGCUUGGCUCCUAGCAUGUGGCUAUGUAGCUAGGUGGUAGUAAUCCCCAAGUACUUUCUUGGAGGCAUGAGGUUGAAUAAUAUCAGAACCUUAUUUUUUUCAGGUUUUGUUUCUUCAAUUUCCUGAAGAGCAGUCACAUGAAAGGAUCAUUUACCUACUGGUUUUUCAUCCAUUGGUAAAAAUAUCAUUUAUUUCAUUUAAUUUUGGAUGACAAUUCCAUCUUUUCUUCAUUGCUUUUUGAAAAAGAAUUUGAGAAAGUUGUCUUCCUUAACUGUCUAGCAAAAUUAAUUUGUGUUCAGUGCUACAUUGUACAAUAACUAUUGUUUUGUUUUCACUUUCUUAACCAAUGUAGUGAUUUUUAAAGGAGAAGUUUAAGUGAUCAUUCCAAUAUUAGACAAGGGGAAAGGUGAGAUAGUAUUUAUAAAGGGAAGACGGUUUUGCUGAUAAGGUGGAUGUAUUUUUUUUUCAUAGAUCAUGCUCCAAAGAGAGAUUCUCAGUUUGUGUUGAAUACCUGUUUAGUAAGACAUGAAAGAUUUUGCAGCUGUAGAUGUAACAUGAAUUAUGUCAUUACGGGAAAAAGAUUACGAUGUUACUUACAAAAUUUUAAUCAUUGGGGAGUCAGCUGUUGGGAAAACAUCACUGAUAAAAUGCUAUUCUAAACCAAAUGAAUCUUUCAGGGCAGCUCUUCUGCCAACAAUUGGUGAGUUGGUUCUGAGUUCAUCUAUUUCAGUCUGUAAUAAAUACAUGUCAUAACAAGUUUGGUGUGUGUGUUAUUCUGUAGAAUGGGAUGAUAGCUUAGUUUCUUCACUCUGUUAGAAGGUCUUUGUAAUAAGCUUUUAUUUGUAAGGGGUAUUGAUGGCUUGAGUGAGUUGGAUUUAACUUCUUAAGUUUAGUUUUUAUGAAUUCAAAGUAUUGUGAAAUAAUGACUUGGUUUUAUAACAAGUGUGUUGAACAGAGUAAUGCUAUUUAAAAAUUCAAAUUAAUACAUAACUGCAAUAAAUAAUUUAUUAUUAUUUUUCAAUAGGAAUUGAUUUUGUAACAGUGGUUACGAAUGUGGAUGGAGUCCGUGUUCGCUUGCAGAUUUGGUUUGUAAACCUCACUUGUUGUUUUGAAUUUAAGGAUGGUAUAAUUUGUUGUUGGGCUGGUGAUUAAAUGUUAAUCACUAAGGUUUUGCAAACAUUUCCAUUGUGAUGGCAAUAGAUUGAUUUACUUAUAUACAAGAGAAAAGAAAAAGAGAAGAAAAAAUAGAAUUAAGUGAAUAUUCAUUACUCCUUCUUUGUGUGAAUAUUAAUUGUUGUCCAUCAGGGAUACAGCGGGUCAAGAAAGAUUUAGAACUCUGACUUCCAUGCACUUUAGGGGUACAAAGGUGAGUUGAGUGCUUUCUAUUUGAGUACUUGUUAAAGUAACAGAGGCUUUUGUAAUGCUUAGGGAGAAUUGUGACUAGUGAGGUGGUAUAUAUAGACUAUAGUGAGGUCUGUAUAUCAUCAUCACAUUUUAUCCAAAUUUGCUUGUUCUAAUCACAUUUGAGACAGUUUUUUUUUCAUAUUGUACCCUGCAUGAUUGAAUGUGCAAGAGUUGACAGAGACAGAAAAUUGAUUGCCCACUGUUCACAUAUUUUCAUUGUGAAAAUGUGUCAACAGCCAUGAAAGACAAGAAAACAGCCACCCUUAAAAAACCAAACUACCAAUUAUAAUGAGAAAUUUACCAAAUGGUCAUAAAUUUUUUCAGCAAAGAUAAUAGCGAAUUAGGGUUUCAUGACUGCUUCUAUGCAAUGGUAUUUUCUGUUUUGAACACUGCACAAAUUCAAUAUGAUUCUAAAGGUGUUGAUCUUAAUAAAAUGAUAAGUUGUGGUGAAAAUGAAAUUCCAAAUUCUUUUUUGCCAGAGAGUGAGGCAAUUUUAGUAGGUGAUGUCCUGAGCUCUUAUGGUUUGAGUGAAGACAUGUCACUGAUUAAGUCGUGAUGUUAACAUGUGAACAUUUUACAUCAUGUACCUGGUUGAUGUAUGAUUGCAUAUGUUUUGUUUUUUCAAAAUUUACAGGGUAUAUUGUUAGUUUAUGACAUUACAAAUGCUCAUUCAUUUGAUCAACUUCAGUACUGGAUAAAGACAAUGAAUGAGGUAUGUUUGAUUUUGUAAUUGUAUCAGACUGAUGCUGUAUAGAAUGUUAAUUUGGUCUUAAAAUUUUAAUUAACUGUAUUUUUGAUCCUUGAUUUAAAAGCACAGAAAAUUACUAGCACAUGAUUAUUUUGAUGUAGUUAAACCAAUUAAUUCUCAGAACUGAUUAAGUAAUAACUUACUGCAUUCAUGAUUAUCUUAAAAAGAAUGUAAGGAGAAGAGUAACAAUUAAGAUUAUAUCAGGUUGAAAGUGUUAUAUCAUAAUAUAAAUGACAAUAUAAUAACUUGAUAAGCACCAAUUUACAAGGAAAUGUAUAGAAUUAGAAGAGAAUGUUCUACUCAUUUCAUAGAAAUUUAUCUAGAUUAUGCACAUUUUUUACAUACCUAUACGUGUAAAUUUUUUAAUUGUACAAGAAUGAAAGGAUAUGGUCUAACAUGGGCCAAACCGCACUAUCUAACACGCUUAACAGGCAGAAAUGAUGUGUUUCCAAAUUGCUAUAAGUUGCAUUUUACAUGAAUUGUAAAUGUUUGUUUUUAGCAUAACCUGAUGUAUGAAGAAGUAAUACUUUUGGGGAACAAGUGUGAUUAUGACAGAAAAAGCUGGGAAGUGGACACUCAAACUGGAAAGGAGGUCAAACAACAUUGUUUUUUUUUUUUUUUUUUUUUAAUUUUUUGAUUGGCCAAUUUUAAAAAUACUAUACAGCUACUUUACAUAAAAGUUCCAACUUACCCAGGUAUACUCUAUAUUCAAGUCUUUGUAGUCAGAUUGGCAGAUGGGUAUUCAGAGUGGGUGUAUGAAAGGUAGAAGAUAGCAUUCUGCUUCAGUAAUAUCAGCAAAAGGAAAAAGGACAUAGUCCUCUGGAGAAAAACAACCACAGAAACAACAUCUUAUCUAACAUUAGUCUUGCUGUGUAUGUGUUGAAAUAUAUGUGCAGAGUAUACAAAAUAUCAAGAGAAUUAAGCAGGACACAAGUGAUGUAGAACCCAAGGCUUUGGCAAUAAUCAGGGUCACCUCAUGUACCACCAAAAUCAUUCAAAAACUGCACAUCCUUUAUGGUAAAGUUUCUACAUGUGUGAUAAUAAAAAAUUUCCAUGGUAUCCUGAAGAUAAGUUCAAUAACCAGCCAUUGUUUAGGAAAUGAGUUAGUACUUCCUUCUCAAAGAGAUGUUUAG